CACAUAUUGCAAUCAACAAACCAAUUACAUCCUUGAUCCAAUCAACAUCAACAAUUGUUAAUUGUUUAAGUUUCACGUAUGGGGCUGUACUGUAAAUAUGGAAGAACACGUUAUUUACUAAAACCUAAAUGUUUUUAAUGUGAAAAUGUUUACCUCAGUGUACUUAUGGGCAUUGCAUUAACCAAAUAAUGGUGAAAAUGAAAACUAAAAGUUUCUUGUUGUUUUCGACAACCGUUUUUGCUAUUAGUAUAUUUUUAAUAGUUUUCCACUCGCAACCCCCGCAGUCAUUUCAAAGUAUAGUUUCUCAAACCCAUCAGCAUAUAAAAAACUUCCAGCAGGCCUCUUUGACCCAGGAGCAGCUACGGGAUGUUGAAGAGCGUCAUCUGGUGCAAGAAGAGCGCUACCUCAGCCUUGUUGGAUUGGCUGGGCAUGUUGAACUCUGGAAGAACACAACCGUCCCUGUGCUUGUAACUCAUGCUCGCAAUGAUGAUCAUGCACUAGUUGUAGCCUUUAUAAGGGCAGCUCAGAAACUUCCAUACACCAUACUUGUCUACAAUCUUGGCCUCAAACCCUAUUCUUUAAAUGUGAUUUCCAACUACUGCAAUUCAUCAAAGUGUGUUGUGAUAGAUUUCGAUCUCACAGCAUUCCCUGCGCACGUCAACGACGAGAGCAUCACUGCCUUUCGACCGCUUGUCAUUCAGCACGCGCUGAGUCGCGUGGGCGGGGUGGUGUACUGCUCCGCGGCCAGCAGAUGGCGCGGGUCAGCGGCCGAGCUGGAGGCGACGUGGCGGGGUGCCGCAACGUCGCUGGGCGUGGUUGCCUGGCCGCGGAGAGCCGCCGUCACCUCGCUCACGCACCCGCACAUGUUCACCUACUUCCACGCCGACGUCGACGACUUCCUCUUCGUUCAGAUGCUCGACACUUCGCGUCUCGUCUUGGCCGCCUGCGACCGCCUAGCGCCUCUCAUGCGGCCCUGGGUGCAGUGCGCGCUCACCGCCGACUGCAUCAUGCCCGUCGGCGCUCAGUCGGAGGGCUGCCGUUUCGACAAGAAGCCGCAAUAUCGGUAUUCGGGGUGCCACGGACAGGACGCGUCGGCGUUGAGCAUCAUCCUGGGACUCCGCAGCGGGUUCGAAGAGAGCGGCUACACGGGAGCGGCGGGCCGAUGGGGCCGCGCGUCCGCCCAGAGAGCCCUCUCCGCCCAGAGGCCCCUCUCCGCCCGCCGCAACGGUUCCACCACGCCACGCCCCGACGAACGCUCCGACCGCACGGACCGCUACGACAGCCGCUAGGAUCGGGUACGUUCGCCGCUAAGGACGAUCGUCUCCACUUCCAGCUUUGUUCCGAAUGACCGAGUGAUAUGGAUUCAAUAUCGUGUGAUAUGUAUUUUGAGUUAUGAAAGACUAUCGUUCGUAAAUAUUACACUUAACAUUUAGCGUUAACACUUUGCGCGCGAUAUAUUUUAAGUAAAUAUAAAGCAAAAUUGUGGCGAACAAAUGUCGAUAGUAAAACUGUGACGUGACGUCAUUAUUAAUCUCGUAUAUGACGUCUACAAUUUGAAACCGUAGCCGGGAAAGGUAGGUCCGUCUAGCGCCAGCACAAAUGUGAUCUCAAUUGUUUUCGGCAAUUUAUUUAAGAGUUUACUUUUUAAUACUUUAAGCGUCGAGAGCUUUGCACGCUGCGAACGGAAAGCUCGGAAUAUUAUUUCGAUGCGACGUUGUGGUCAACGGAUUUGAAGUACGAUUGCAAAAAAAUGUUUAAACGUCGAUGUCGACAUUACUCUUAGUAAAUUAUUAAGUACAGUCAUUAUUGUAAUGUUUUUAUUUUUGUAAUUUUAUACUUACCGCGUACAAUAUUAUUUUGUUUAUUAUUCUAAGCUUUAGAGGGCUUAUUUAUGUGUAAUUUCUUGCUUAUGUCCUGUGGCGCUUGGCUCAUUACCCACUCGUGACGGGUCUUUCGAUAGCUACGACUUUUGAUAGAAAACUUUGUAUAAAGUUAGUAAUUUUGUAGAUAGUCGAUUUAUAUUUAAUAGCGAUUCAUGGAUACAAAUAAUAACUCAAAGUAGCGAGGGGUCUAGGUUACGGCUGUCCAUAUAAAAUGUUAAAUCGCCCAGUAUUUAUAGAAAAUGGCUUCUACGUCCCGUAUUGUAUAUUGACUUGUGCUAGUCCUCUUCUAUGUUAAUAAUACUUAAUGCGCUCGUCCUAAGGUCCAAUAAUUAUUUUAGUGUUUAUUACUAUAUAUCUUAAUUGUAUUUCGUGCAAUAUUAGCUUAUUAUCGAACCCUACGAGUGAUACUUUUAUGCUCCUUUAUUUAAAAUAAAUGGUCCAUAUAACGA